CGCUGUAAACACGACUGACGCUCAGCUGCGUGGAUGAAGCAUCCUCAGAGCAUCCAAGAGCCCAAGACCGUGCAGGCUGCCUUUGUUUAUUUCACUACGGGACUGCUGUCCCUGUUUCUGCUACUGCGACGGGAUAAAAUAACUGACCCUCACCUCGACUCUCAUAUGCAGUCUCCAACACCAGCACGGCGGUGGUGUGCUUGUUCUACUAACUGCCAUGGCUAGAAACACGGACACCCCAUCUCCUUAUCCUUACCAUGGUGAACCAAUCAAGUUUGACCCAAACUUCAGAGGGCCUGUUCAGAACAGGAAGUGCACUGAUGUGAUUUGCUGCAUUAUCUUUCUCAUUGUUAUCCUGGGCUACAUCGCCCUGGGUACUGUCGCCUGGUUCCACGGAGACCCCAGGAAAAUCAUCUCUCCAACUGACAGCCAGGGUCAGUUUUGUGGCCAGAAGGACACCUCGAAUUCAAAUAAAAAUAUAUUAUUCUACUUCAACAUGCUGAAAUGUGCCAGUCCUGCAGUUUUAAUUAACCUCCAGUGCCCUACAACUCAGCUCUGUGUCUCCAAGUGCCCUGACAGAUUUGCCACGCUAUCCAACGUUUCAGCUGACAACAGCUGGGAAUAUUACAGGCAAUUCUGCAAGCCUGGCUUUGAGUUUGGAAGUAAGUCAGUUGCAGAGGUCAUUCGAGAUGAAGAUUGCCCUCUAAUGCUUGUGCCAAGCAAACCAAUACUACAGCGGUGCUUUCCGGAGUUCACAUCAAAGGAGGGAUUAUUAACUGUUGCAAAUCAGACCACCUUCAGAGACCAUCACAACAACACGUGGACUGUCAACGAUCUCAGAGAUGCUGCAAUGGGAAUAGCCAGUCUGCUGAAUGCCAAAGAAAUUGGCAUAAAGAUCUUGGAGGAUUAUGCAAAUUCCUGGGUAUGGAUAUUAAUAGGCCUGGGAAUGACCAUGGUGUUCAGUCUGAGCUUCAUCCUUCUGAUGCGCUACAUUGCUUGUGUGGUACUGUGGCUCAUGAUUUGUGGUAUCAUCAUUGCAGCCGGCUAUGGUGGCUGGCGGUGUUACAAAGAGUACGUUCUUCUGUUGGAUAAACCGGAUACAAACGUCGCCAUCUCUGAUAUUGGCUUCCAGACAGAUCUCAGCAUUUACCUUGAGAUGAGCCAGACGUGGCUCGUUUUGAUGAUCGUGCUUAUUUUGAUUGUGAUCGUCAUCGUUCUUAUGCUGAUUUUUCUGAGAAAGAAUCUAAGCAUCGCUUUUGCACUAAUGAAGGAAGGAAGCAGGGCCAUCUUUUACAUCAUAUGUACUCUCUUCUACCCGAUCGUCACCUUUUUUCUUCUGGCCAUCUGUAUAGCCUACUCUGCUGUCACAGCAGUCUUCUUGGCCUCUUCAGGUAACGCCAUCUACAAGGUGACAUCCCCUGAUGAUAAGUGCAUUCACAGAAACCUCACGUGUAGUCCAAAGACCUUCGAUCAGACCAACAUAGCCAAAGAGUGCCCUGGAGCACAGUGCAUGUUCGCAUUCUACGGUGGAGAGACUAUAUACCACAACUACAUCGUCCUCCUCCAUGUUUGUAACCUGUUUGUGUUCCUCUGGCUGGUCAACUUUGUCCUGGCCUUGGGAAAGUGCACUCUAGCAGGGGCAUUCGCCUCCUACUACUGGGCCAAGAGGAAGCCGAAAGACAUCCCCACCUGCCCUGUUUACGCUUCGUUCAGCAGAGCCAUGCGUUACCACACGGGUUCUCUAGCCUUUGGUUCUCUACUCCUUGCUAUGGUGCAGAUGAUCCGAAUUGUUCUGGAGAACCUUCAUCUCAAAUUGAAACAUUCUCAAAGUUGUAUGAGUCGGUUCCUGCUUCACUGCCUCAAGUGCUGCUUCUGGUGCCUGGAAAGGUUCAUCAAAUUUCUUAACACAAAUGCAUACAUUAUGAUAGCAAUAUACGGGCACAGCUUUUGCAAAUCUUCCAGGGACGCUUUUGAUCUCUUGAUGAGGAAUAUUUUGCGGGUGGUUGUCUUAGAUAACCUCAUCACGUUUCUGCUGUUCAUAGGAAAACUGGUCAUUUCAGGAGGAAUUGGGGUCCUUGCAUUUCUCUUCUUCUCCAAAAGAAUACCGAUUGUUCAAGAUAUGGUACCUCAACUCAACUUCAAUUGGGUCCCCCUUCUGACGCUGAUAAUUGGGUCGUUCAUGAUCACAAGUGGCUUUUUUAAUGUUUAUGCCAUGUGUGUGGACACGCUGUUCCUAUGCUUUUUGUGCGAUCUGGAGGUGAACAACGGCUCGCCGAGCAAGCCCUACCACAUGACCCCAAACCUGAUGAAGAUCUUCCAGAAAAGAACGAUUGUAGAAGUACUGGAAAGACCGUCGACGCCAUUGCGCGUAGUUACAAGAAGGAGAAGAUGAGGCGGUAAACUGUCAAAUGUCAGUUUAACUGGCAUGAGCUUUUCUAAAAAAA